CUGCGUCUGGCUCCUGUCACACUGGUAUAAAUCCACCUCUGUAUAUUUAGUCGGUCCUUUCCUCCACGCCGAGCCGCCGUCAAGUCCGGGCUACAGAGUAGCUUCGACUCCUUCUCAAGCCAUGGCAGACCAGGCUUUUGUGACGUUGGCCACCAAUGACAAAUAUGCUCGCGGAGCCAUGGUUUUGGGCAAGUCCCUCCGCAACCACAAUACAUCCAAGAAGCUGGUGGCGCUCAUUGGUCCACAAGUGACAAAGGCUUUCCAGUCCGUGCUGGAGAGGAUCUUUGACGAGGUGAAGGUGGUGGACGUGCUAGACAGCGGCGACACGGCACACCUGGCCAUGAUGAAGAGGCCCGAUCUGGGCAUCACCUUCACCAAACUCCACUGCUGGACUCUCACACAUUACUCCAAAUGUGUCUUCAUGGACGCAGACACACUGGUGCUCUCAAAUAUAGAUGAGCUGUUUGACAGAGAGGAGCUGUCAGCUGCUCCCGACCCCGGCUGGCCUGACUGCUUCAAUUCCGGUGUGUUUGUUUUUUGUCCUUCCAUGGAGACUUACGGCAAACUGCUUCAGUAUUGUACAGAACACGGCAGCUUUGAUGGAGGAGACCAAGGUGUCUUGAAUGGCUUCUUCAGCGAUUGGGCAACAGCUGACAUAUCCAAACACCUCCCCUUCAUCUACAACCUCAGCAGCAUAGCCAUCUACACUUACCUUCCAGCAUUCAAGCACUAUGGUGGCAAUGCCAAGGUGGUCCAUUUCCUAGGAAAGACCAAGCCAUGGAGUUACACUUUUGACCCCAAAGCCAAACAGAUCGCAGGGAGUGUGCACGAGGCCACCACACACCCCACCUUCCUCCUGGACUGGUGGACCCUGUACUCCAGCGCCGUGGUGCCCAUGCUGCAGGAGCAGCACGGAGACCAGCCUUUCCAAUCCGGAUGUGUGGAGGAUAAGAGCCACUCUCUACAUGCACAAGCGCUCGAACCCCAGCUGUCCUCAGAAGAACGGAAGCAGAAAUGGGAGCAAGGUCAGGCAGACUACAUGGGAAUGGACUCAUUUGACAAUAUCAAGAGAAAGCUUGACACUUUUCUCAAAUAAAGAAGCAAUGAAACGGGAUGUCAAAAGAUCACUCGCAGUUUAACAAACUAUCACCACACGUCUCUCGAGAAGAUACUGUAAGACAGGUUGCAUUCUUCCUUCCUACCUGUUACUCAACCAGAAAUGAGUUGAGUCUCUCCCACCACCAGCACGACCCCCUCCACACUCCAAAGACAGCCCCGUUUUAAAUGGGAAAGAAAAAGUUAAAUAUUAUGAGCGGCUUUAAUUGUCUAUGCAAGACUGUGAUCAUUCAGUUUACCCUCCCACAGGCUCUGCUACACUGUGACGAAGAUCAGGAAAAAUAAAUUCAGUUUUGUUGAAGAUACUUGCAUUAGAAAUGUUGCAAUACUUUUUUAUGCCAAUGCUCUCUUUGUGAAAAGGAAAGGCAACAAGAGUUGGACUGGGCCUUUUGUACGUGUGUCUAAGAGUAGCAGUCAUACAUGAACAUUCUUCAUUUUCCUUUCUUUCUUUUUUUUUUUUUUACUAUGCAGUCAUCUAGCAGUCUUCUGAGUAUUAAUAUUUCUUUGAUUGUUGAUUGCUCGUGCUUUUGAGUUGAUAAGACCUCUGUUUAACAUAGAUAUAAAAACAUGUUUACAGCACUUCUAAGGCUAAAAUGGUCAUUUAGCCACACAUAUAACUAGAUCCGUAGUGCCUUAGUGUCUUGCUCUCUCUCUAUUGUCAUCAGCCUGUCUGUUCUUGACUGCCAGCUUUUCUGUAGAUGACUAGAUUUUUAACUUGUGUUUUAUUUGACCAGGAUGUUGGCUGUACCACAGAGUCUUUCAUCUGGACAUAUUAAAAACAUCAUUAAAAGUCUUGGAUUCGC